AUUCAAUAUGAAUGUGUAUAGAGCAUUGUAAAUUAGCUAUUCAUUAUGGUCUUGAUUAUUACAUUUGAGAAUUAAUUAAUUUUAUCAAAUUUAAAUUUUUCGUCUCUUAUACUACUGAAUAUACUACUAAUUUUUGGAAUUAAUUAUUUGAAUAGAAGGAACUAAAUGAAUCUAUCUUGGAUCAAUCGAAUGAAAUCUUAAAAAUACAGAAAGUACCUUGAAUAGAUCUAUAUAUAUAUAUGCAUGUUUGUGUUGUGUGAAUAAGAAGCUCAUAGAAGAACUAUAUCUCACAACUUCCAUUGACAAAUGAAUCAAAAAACUACAUCAUAUAUAAAAGUAGUGCUACAUUUUUAUGCACAAUCAUUUUCUAGUCAGUUUUUAUGAAUUUUGAGCUACCUCUUAUUUUUAUGUAGUUCACAAUUAAUGAAUCUAAUGAAAAAUAUAUCAGAUAAACGUGAUUGAUUCAACCAUUAACUCUUGUAAAUUUUCUCAUCAGCUCAUGGUGUUAUGGAGAUUCACGAAGGUCGUCGUCUAAUUCUGAAAUGCAAAGUACAAGGUGAAACAAAUCCACAAAUUAAAUGGUUUAAAGAUAAUAAAUCUAUAAAUAUGCCAUUACAUCCGAAUAUUAAAAUUACAUCUUCAACGAAACAUUCAGAAUUACGAAUAGAACACGUUAUAACUAAUGACACUGGAAACUAUUCCUGUCGAGGAGAAAGUCAACAGAAUCAAAUAAGCAAAUGGGUUUUCGUUUCAGGCAAGUUUUUCUUUAUAAUAUUCAUUUAAAUGUUACAUUACAUAAACGAAUAAAUAUUUGAUCAGAAGGGGUUUUGUGGAGAUUUCAGUAUUUUCAUAGUUGAAAUCAUGAGUUAAUUGAAGCUAGACCACCAUGGAAAACCUGGAGGUACUGGAUGAUUUCAACUAUUUAAAUCUCCACAAAAGCCGCUUCUGAUUAUAAUCAUAUGCUCACUAGUGACUGGCUUCAUGAGGUAUUUCCUGGAGUCCUAAUGAGAAGCAGUAACCACUGGAAUUCAACCAGGUCUGUUGUGAGAUAUAAACUCACUGAAGACAAUUGGUGAACGGUUGCUCAAACUUCGUGGAUUGGUUGAAGUUAGACAUUAACACCUCGUAUGCCGGCUUAGUGGUCUAUCGGUUGAGUGCUCUGGCGCGAGACUGGUAAGUCCUGUGUUUGAAUCUCGCGAGGCGGGAUCAUGGAUGCGCACUGCUGAGGAGUCCCACAAUAGGAUGAAACGGUCGUCCAGUGCUUCCAUGUUUUCUAUUGACUCAUGAUCUGAACUAUCAAAAUUAUUAUAAUAUCCACAAAACCCCUUCUGAUAAUAAACAAUAAGUUUUAUUCACUUAUGAUAAAUAUUUAGUAAAUACAUUUAUUUGUCAUAAUUCAGACUAGUACAUAGAAGACUGUGAUUAUUGGUUGACAGAAAAAAAGAAAACGGACUGGUAUUUGUCUCACAUCAUUAUUAUUCGGAGGUAUAUUAGUUUCCUUAAUUUUGUAACUAACCAAAUUGUUCACUAAUGUAUUUCAAUAAAAAUAAUUUAAAUCGAAAUUGAAGGUUAAAUAACAUGGAAGGGAGAAACCCAAAUAUAAAAAAAGACGGAAUAUUUGAUGGGUGUAUUAUUGGAAAAAGUAAUAAUAUUCAAUAAACGAUUUAUCUUUGUCUGGGUGGGUUUCUUUUACUUUUUUUCUUUAGAAUUUGAACACAAAACUAUAAAAUACACAUUAAUAACCAUUUUUCUCUAAUGUGAAGAAAAAAAAAUCAAGAACCCACCCCCCUCAAAAAUAGAUUGGAUAAUACAAUUAAAACUUAGUUAUGUAUAAAAUCGAUUUUCCCUCUAAAAUUAAUUUUUAAUGUAUUAAAUUUUCUGGAUCAAAAAAUACAAAAAAAUAAACAACCAAAAUGUUACUGAUAUUGAUUAUAGCCUAUUUUCAUUUAUUCUUUCUUUCUUUUUUCUUUGUUGUUGUUGUUGUUGUUGAUAUAUGAAGUGUAUUCAGCUUGUCCAGUGAAUAUUUGUAAUAUGGGGACAUGUUUCAUUAUAAAUAACAAUUCUCUAUGUAGAUGUCCAGAAACUCAUACCGGUGAAUUUUGUGAUCAACCUGUGUCAAAUGAUAAAAUCACAAAUAAAUUAAUCAUGAAUACCCAACCGAUUAAAAAAAACCUCAACUAUUUACAGUCUGAUUCAAAAUCAUCACCUUCUGUUGAUCUAAUUAAUUCUGUAUCCGUUUUAAAUGAUAAUAAUCAACAAUCUAAACAAAAUAUGCAACUAUUAUCAGAAAUAAAACGUGAAAAAUUCGAUUUGUGUACCCUUCCUGAAUUUCAAUUUACAACUGAUUGUUUACAUGUUAAAAGUCAUUUGACUACAUUCAUCGGCACUGCAAUCACUUGUUCAAUGAUUAUAUUGCUGUUAACAUUUUGUGCAGCAUACUUUAGAAGGAGAAAGCUCUUAAACAAAAGAAAACAAGAUUGUAGAUGUCUAUCGAAAGAUAAUAAAUCAGAACCUGUAAAUUCGAAUAAAUCAGCUGAUCAUAGAUCAUCGUCAGUCAUGAAAGAUUCUACAAAUAUUUUUAGUAACGAUGAAGUUAACCAUUCAUUCAAUCCCUUCAAAUCUAUAUCAUUUGAAGGUACUCUAUAUACAGAUUCCAUAAAUAAAAAUUUCAGAAACUAUAAUGUUGACAUACUUCAGUCAAGUAUUACAAACUCAAAUCAUGGAUUUAUGACUCAAGGUAGUAAUAAUAGUGACAUACAGAUAUCAAGUAAUGGUAACGAUAAUUUAACAUAUAACUGUUCGAAAAAAUUUCCCAAUUCAUCUUCAUCAUGUUCGAAUACUGCUUAUGUUGUAUGGACUACUACCCCUGAAAUCAUUCGAGAUGAUGAACGAGAACUAAACAAUAAUUCAUUAGAUAAAAUAUUGAUACAUACAAAUGCUCAACAACAACAACAACAACCAAACUCAAAAGAGCAACAAUUACUAUUUUCACCAACAACUUCGUAUAUUUCAGCUACUUUACCAAAUUCUUUUAGAUCACAAGAAAUUAUUUUAAAUAAUGAUGCAUUAUUUAAUCAGAAUGAUCUUAAUGCACUACUGUCGUCUACAACAUCAUCAUCAACAGUGAUAUCUGGACCUAAUUUAUAUAAUCCUGUAAAUGUUGAAUUAGCUGAUAUAAGUAACAAAAUGGAGCCGUUGAGUGAUGUUUCAGUACUGAACCCAAUGGAAGCUGCAACUAAAUCAAAUUUUAUCGUAAGCAAAUCACAAAAACCAAAAGAAACUGUACAAUCUUAUACAUUUUGUACAAAUAUGGCAUAUUGUGAUUCCAUAACAAAUUCACAGAUAUCCAAUAUAUCUACAUUAAUUACCGAUAAUUCAUUACAACAAUUUACAACGUUAGAUACAGUUUUACAACCAGUUGAUGCAAAUGAAAGUUUUCUUAAACAUGUUUACUGUACAUCAGAUACAUUUAUGCCACAAUCAUCAUCUACGACGAAUACAUGUAUUAUUGUUGAUCAAGAUAAUUUAAAAUUUGGCUCAAAACUUGUUUAUUUUUGUCCAAAUACAUAUCCAGAAAACAGUUAACUGAAUUUCAUUUUGAACACCUUAUACAUACAUAUUAACAUUAUCAAUGAGAUGUCACAUUCCAUAAUUAUGCCUAAAAUAAUGUAAUGUACACUUAUGUUUAAAUAGAGUAUACAAACAAGCUAAAUUCAUUAAAUGAGUUGUAUAUUUUAAUGAGAGUAAUGUACAGUAAAAUACAUUCUAUGUAUUAAUCUGU